UGGAUGCCAAAAGCCGUUAAACCUCAUCGACGAAGAAGAACAAGCACAAGAAGGAGCCAUCAUGCUAGCGAGAACAGUUUACUCCAUUUAAUCUUUGAAACACGAUGUCUAUUAAAUUAAAUGCGCUAAUCAGCGACUCCUACGUUGAUGUAAGUCAAUAUAGAGACCAACAUUUUAAGGUAAGAAUGGUGAAAUCAAGAAUCGACUGAAUAUUUUUGCCAGCUAACUAUUGUUUGUUAGCUAGCUAACGUUAGCCCAUGAUCAAGACUCUCAGUUCUAUUACAUCACACACAAGUCAUUGGACGAAGGCGUCUGCUGUACGGGGGCGUUUUGUUAAGAUUCCCGACGCUUGGUCUGAACAUGAUUAUGUAUCACUGGCGGUACGAUUUUGGAAGUAUAAGGACCUUAUCUUUCAUAACAGAAAAAUAAUAAUAAUAAUACAAAAAAUAAGUUGAUACACACCUUUUUAAUAGGGCCUCACGCAGCCAUAUUCCCAUGUUAUAGGGCGUUCACUCAUUGCUGUAGAAUGCAGAGAAAAACGGGGUUUGCUUGUCAGCUGAAGUUCUGCGGCAGAACAGCGCCACAGUUCACCACUUUUUGAUCAUGCCUGUGAUGACAUUACAUUCACUCUAAACAUGCAAAAUUCUCAGUAAAUCGUCUUAACUUUUGAACCAUAUAUGGUGAAGAAGUGCUUCGGACUACUGUUUUUCUGACAAUUUUAUAUUGGUAUAAACCUUGAAUUAAUUAAUCAUUUUAUGGGAGAACAGCCUACAUGUUACAUAGCUGGUUUACGGAAGACAGUGGACUACCUAUGCUAAUUACACUGAACAAAAAUAUAAACAACAUGUCAAGUGUUGGUUUCAUGAACUGAAAUAAAAUAUCCCAGAAAUGUUCCAUACGCACAAAAAACUUCUCCAAUUUUGUUCACAUUUGUUUACAUCCCUGUUAGUGAGCAUUUCUCCUUUGCCAAGAUAAUCCAUCCACCUGACAGGUGUGGCAUAUCAAGAAGCUGAUUAAACAGCAAGAUCAUUUCACAGGUGCACCUUGUAAAGCCCUGUUUCCACUGGCACUUAAAAUUUCAAAAGUUCAAGUUGGCUCGAAUGGAAUUCUCAAAUUUGAGCUGAGUCAAGGGAAACCCGGGCCAGCGCAGUCCAGUUUCACAACUGGUGCCAGCUCGAUUAGAAUUGGGGCUGGUGACGCCGUUACUAUGCAACCACCAAGCUGAUCACUUCUGGAUGUUGACACAACGUUUAGCUAGCUCGUCUUGCUUGUUGCUAUUAGCUAGCAUAUGGACAAGCAGUCCUACAGUAGUCAAACAUGAAUUACCACCAUAGCUGGAUCCUUCAUUAAUUUUUGCACUACACAAUAAACUUUUAUGAGAACAGUCAGCCCUCGAAUGCUAACUAACGUUAGCUAACUAACAUUAGCUAGCAAAUCAGAGUUGAAACUAGUUAGCUAGCUAGCAGGAAUUUUAGCUGGUCAGGUUGUAUUGAAAGCUAGCUAGUAACAUCAUAUCAAACCUGUCGUCUGGUUUGCUUGGUUAGCAAGCUAAUCGCCAAUGACAUGGCAAGCAAGGUAGGAAUUAAGUGAGCAAGCUAGCCUGUUAUGCUAACUGUUUAGCUAGCCCACCAAGGCCAGCCCAACCUAGGUUGACUUCAAAGUGCCAAUGGAAACAGGGCUUAAAAGGCCACUCUAAAAUGUGCUGUUUUGUCACACAACACAAUGCCACAGCUGUCUCAAGUUUUGAGGGAGGAUGCAAUUGGCAUGCUGACUGCAGGAAUGUCCACCAGAGUUGUUGCCAGAUAAUUUAAUGUUAAUUUCUCUACCAUAAGCAACGUCGUUUUAGAGAAUUUGGCCGUACCUCCAACCGGCCUCACAACCACAGACCACGCGUAACCACGCCAGCCCAGGACCUCCACAUCCUGCUUCUUCACCUGUGGGAUCGUCUGAGACCAGCCACCCGGACAGCUGAUGAAACUGGGUUUGCAAAACUGAAGAAUUUCUGCACAAACUGUCAGAAACAGUCUCAGGGAAGCUCAUCUGCGUACUCGUCGUCCUCACCAGGGUCUUGACCUGACUGCAGUUCGGCGUUGUAACCGACUUCAGUGGGAAGAUGCUCACCUUCGUGUGGGCGAGCGGUUUGCUAAUGUCAACAUUGUGAACGGACUGCCCCAUGGUGGGGUUAUGAUAUGGGCAAGCCUAAGCUACGGAAAUGAACACAAUUGCAUUUUAUUGAUGGCAAUUUGAAUGCACAGAGAUACCGUAGCGAGAUCCUGAGGCCCAUUGUCGUGCCAUUCAUCCACGGUCAUCACCUCAUGUUUCAGCGUGAUCAUGCACGGCCCAUGUCGCAAGGAUCUGUACACAAUUCCUGGAAGCUGAAUGUCCCAGUUUUUCCAUGGCCUUCAUACUCACAAGACAUGUCACCCAUUGAUCAUGUUUGGGAUGCUCUGCAUCGAUGUGUGUGACAGCGUGUUCCAGUUCCCGCCAAUAUCAAGCAACUUCGCACAGCCAUUGAAGAGGAGUGGGGCAACAUUCCACAGGCCACAAUCAACAACUUGAUCAACUCUAUGUGAAGUAGAUGUCACGCUGCAUGAGGCAAAUGACUGACUGGUUUUCUGAUCCAUGCCCCUACUUUCUUUUAAGGUACACUAUAUAUACAAAAGUAUGUGGACACCCCUUCAAAUUAGUGGAUUUGGCUAUUUCAGCCACACCCGUUGUUGACAGGUGUAUGAAAUCGAGCACACGGCAAUGCAAUCUCCAUAGAUUGGCAGUAGAAUGGCCUCAUUGAAGAGCUCAGUGACUUUCAACGUGGUACCGUCAUAGGAUGCCACCUUUCCAACAAGUCAGUUCGUCAAAUUUCUGCCCUGCUAGAGCUGCCCUGGUCAACUGUUAGUACUGUUAUUGUGAAGUGGAAACGUCUAGGAGCAAAAACGGCUCAGCCAUAAAGUGGUAGGCCACACAAGCUCACAAUGGUACCGGCGAGUGCUAAAGCACGUAGGGCGUAACAAUCGUCUGUCCUUGGUUGCAGCACUCACUACCGAGUUCCAAACGGCCUCUGGAAGCAACAUCAGCACAAUAACUGUUUGACGGGAGCUUCAUGAAAUGGUUUUCCAUGGUCAAGCAGUCGCACACAAGCCUAAGAUGACCAUGCACAAUGCCAAACGUCGACUGGAGUGGCGUAAAGCUCGCCGCCAUUGGACUCUGGAGCAGUGGAAAUGUGUUCUCUGGUGUGAUGAAUGAGUCUUCACCAUCUGGCAGUCCGACGGACAAAUCUGGGUUUGGCAGAUGCCAGGAGAAUGCUACCUGCCCCAAUGCAUAGUGACAACUGUAAAGAUUGGUGGAGGAGGAAUAAUGGUCUGGGGCUGUUUUUCAUGGUUCGGGCUAGGCCCCUUAGUUCCAGUGACGGUAAAUCUUAACGCUACAGCAUACAGUGAUAUAUUCUAGACAAUUCUGUGCUUCCAACUUUGUAGUAACAGUUUGGGGAAGGCCCUUUCCUGUUUUCAGCAUGACAAUGCCCCCGUGCACAAAGCGAGGUCUAUACAGAAAUGGUUUGUGGAGAUCGGUGUGGAAGAAUUUGACUGGCCUGCACAAAGCCUUGACCUCAAUACCAUCGAACACCUGAGGGAUGAAUUUGGAACACCGACUGCGAGCCAGGCCUAAUCGCCCAACAUCAGUGCCCUACCUCACUAAUGCUCUUGUGGCUGAAUGGAAGCAAGUCCCCACAGCAAUGUUUCAACAUCUAGUGGAAAGCCUUCCCAGAAGAGUGGAAGCUGUUAUAGCAGCAAAGGGAGGGACCAACUCCAUAUUAAUGCCCAUGAUUUUGGAAUGAGAUGUCCGACAAGCAGGUGUACACAUACUUUUGGUCAUGUAGUGUAUCUGUGACCAACAGAUACAUAUCGGUAUUCCCAGUCGUGAAAUCCAUAGAUUAGGGUCUAAACUCAACUUUUCGAAACGCUUACAAGGCCCUCCCCCGCCCUCCCUUCGGCAAAUCUGAUCACGACUCCAUUUUGCUCCUCCCUUCCUAUAGGCAGAAACUCAAACAGGAAGUACCCGUGCUAAGGACUAUUCAAUGCUGGUCUGACCAAUCGGAAUCCAUGCUUCAAGAUUGUUUUGAUCACGCGGACUGGGAUAUGUUCCGGGUAACCUCUGAGAAUAACAUUGACGAUUACACGGAUACGGUGACUGAGUUCAUCAGGAAGUGUAUAGGAGAUGUGGGACCCACUGUGACUAUUAAAUCAAAUCAAAGUUUUUGUCACAUACACGUGUUUAGCAGAUGUUAUUGCGGGUGUAGCGAAAUGCUUGUGCUUCUAGCUCCAACAGUGCAGUAAUAUCUAACAAGUAAUAGCUAACAAUUUCACAACAUAUACCUUAUACACACACAUCUAGUAAGGAAUGGAAUUUAAGAAUAUAUACAUAUGGACAAGCAAUGACAGAGCGGCAUGGACUAAGAUACAGUAGAAUAUUAUAGAAUACAGUAUAUACAUAUGAGUAUUGCAAGAUAUGUAAACAUGAUUAAAGUGACUAGUGUUCCAUUUCUUAAAGUGGCCAGUGAUUUCAAUAGGCAGCAGCAGCCUCUAAUGUGCUAGUGAUGGCUAUUUAACAGUCUGAUGGCCUUGAGAUAGAAGCUGUUUUUCAUUCUCUCGGUCCCAAGUUUGAUGCACCUGUACUGACCUCGCCUUCUGGAUGAUAGCGGGGUGAACAGGCAGUGGCUUGGGUGGUUGAUGUCCUUGAUGAUCUUUUUGGCCUUCCUGUGACAUCGGGUGCUGUAGGUGUCUUGGAGGGCGGGAGGUUUGCCCCCGGUAAUGCGUUCGGCAGACCGCACCACCCUCUGGAGAGCCCUGCAGUUGUGGGCGGUGCAGUUGCCGUAACCAGGCGGCGAUACAGCCCGACAGGAUGCUCUCAAUUGUGCACCUGUAAAAGUUUGUGAGGGUUUUAGGUGCCAAGCCAAAUUCUUUCAGCCUCCUGUUGUUGAAGAGGCUCUGUUGUGCCUUCUUCACCACACUGUCUGCGUGGAUGGACCAUUUCAGUUUGUAAGUGACGUGUACACCAAGGAACUUGAAGCUUUCCACCUUCUCAUUUACAUUUGAGUCAUUUAGCAGACGCUCUAAUCCAGAGCGACUUAGUUAGUCUCCACUGCGGUCCCGUCGACGUGGAUAGGGGGGUGCACCCUCUGCUGUUUCCUGAAGUCCACCAUCAUCUCCUUUGUUUUGUUGACGUUGAGUGAGAGGUAAAACCUACCCAAACCAGAAACCGUGGAUAGAUGGCAGCAUUCGCGCAAAACUGAAAGUGCGAACCCACCGCUUUUAACCAUGGCAAGGUGACUGGGAAUAUGUCCGAAUACAAACAGUGUUUGUUAUUCCCUCCGUAAGGCAAUCAAACAGGCAAAACGUCAGUACAGAGACAAAGUGGAGUCGCAAUUCAAUGGCUCAGACACGAGACGUAUGUGGCAGGGUCUACAGACAAUCACGGACUACAAAGGGAAAACCAGCCACGUCGCGGACACAGUCUUGCUUCCGGACAAGCUAAACACCGCUUUGAGGAUAACAGUGCCACUAACGUGGCACGUUACCAAGUACUGUGGGCUCUCCUUCUCUGUGGCCGACGUGAGUAAGACAUUUUAAGCGUGUUAACCCUCGCAAGGCUGCCGGCCCCGACGGCAUUCCUAGCCGCGUCCUCAGAGCAUGCGCAGAGCAGCUGGCUGGAGUGUUUAUGGACAUAUUCAAUCUCUCCCUAUCCCGUCUGCUGUCCCCACUUGCUUCAAGAUGUCCACCAUUGUUCCUGUAUCCAAGAAAGAAAAGGUAAAUGAUGAUCACCCCGUAGCAUUCACUUCUGUCAUCAUGAAGUGCUUUGAGAGGCUAGUUAAGGAUCAUAUCAACUCUACCUUACCUGACACCCUAGACCCAUUUUAAAUUUGCUUACCGCCCCAAUAGAUCCACAGACGAUGCAAUCGCCAUUGCACUGCACACUGCCCUAUCCCAUCUGGACAAGAGGAAUACCUAUGUAAGAAUGCUGUUCAUUGACCAAAGCUCAUCAUUAAGCUCGGGCCCAGGGUCUAAACCGCGCCCUGUGCAACUGGGUCCAGGACUUCCUGACGGGCCGCCCCCAAGAGUUGAAGGUAGGAAACAACACUUCCACUUCGUCGAUCCUCAACACAGGGGCCCCACAAGGGUGCGUGCUCAGCUCCCUCCUGUACUCCCUGUUCACCCAUGACUGCAUGGCCAUGCACGCCUCCAACUCAAUCAUCCAAGUUUGCAGACGACACAACAGUAGUAAGCCUGAUUAUCAACAAUGACGAGACAGCGUACAGGGAGGAGGUGAGGGCCCUGGGAGUGUGGUGCCAGGAAAAUAACCUCUCACUCAACAUCAACAAAACAAAAGGAGCUGAUCGUGGACUUCAGGAAACAGUAGAGGGAGCACACCCCUAUCCACAUCGACGGGACCGCAGUGGAGAAGGUGGAAAGCUUCAAGUUCCUCGGCUGAUGAUCUGAAAUGGUCCACCCACACAGACCGUGUGGUGAAGAAGGCGCAACAGCACCUCUCCAACCUCAGGAGGCAGAAUAAAUGUGGCUUUGCACCUAAAACCUAAAACUUUUACAGGUGCACAAUUGAGAGCAUCCUGUCGGGCUGUAUCACCGCCUGGUACGGCAACCGCACCGCCCGCAACCGCAGGGCUCUCCAGAGGGUGGUGCGGUCUGCCCAACGCAUCAUCGGGGGCAAACUACCAGCCCUCCAUGACACCUACAGCACCCGAUGUCACAGGAAGGCCAAAAAGAUAAUCAAGGACAUCAACCACCCGAGCCACUGCCUGUUCACCCCACUAUCAUCCAGAAGGCGAGGUCAGUACAGGUGCAUCAAAGCUGGGACUGAGAGACAGAAGCUGUUUUUCAAUCUCAAGGCCAUCAGACUGUUAAAUAGCCAUCACUAGGCGGCUUCCACCCGGUUACGUAACCCUGCACCUUAGAGGCUGCUGCCCUAUAUACAUAGACUUGGAAUCACUGGCCACUUUAAAUAAUGGAACACUAGUCACUUUUUUAUAAUGUUAACAUAUUUUUGCUUUACCCAUCUCAUGUGUAUAUACUGUGUUCUAUUCUACUGUAUUUUAGUCUAUGCCACUCCGACACUGCUCAUCCUAAAAUGUAUAUUUCUUAAUUCCAUUCUUUUACUUUUAGAUUUGUGUGUAUUGUUGUGAAUUGUUAGAUAUUACUUCACUGUUGGAGCUAGAAACACAAGCAUUUAGCUACACCUGCAAUAACAUCUGCUAAAUAUGUGUAUGUGACAAUACAAUUUGAUAAAUGUAUUUCAAUUGACUGAAAUUGUUGCAUGUUGCGUUUUUAUAUUUUUGUUCUCCGUCUCUGAACACCUGUGUGUAAAUGGAAGACAGACGCCACAAACGUUUUGUCACUUAAAAAUACUGUCUGCUGCAACGGUUAAACCGGUUAAAACAGUGUAUAGUAAGUGUGUAUUUUGCAUUUGUGAAAUUAAUUUUGAUGUGAUAUGUAAGAGGGAUUUAUGUUUCUAGAACCGUACCGCAAUUGAGAGUCGAUUCAUGUUUAGAGGGAAUAUUUGGCUUCCAGAGUCAAUUCGCCCUUACAGAACAUGUAAGGUCCUUGGAUGAUAUUCGUAGAGGCUAGGAUCUUGUUAUUUUCAGAGGGAGAAUGACUCUGGCAGCCAAAACAGCCAAAUACUCCAUCAAAACGUGAAUUGAUUUUCAAUUGCGAUAUGGUUCUAGAAACAUAAAGCCCUUUACUUUCAUGCCACAUCAAAAAAAUUCCCAAAUGCAAAAUAUACAUUUACUGUACACAGUAUUUUUCAGUGACAACACGUUUCUGGCAGCCUUCUUCCUUUACACACAAGUGUUCGGAGCAUGCUAGAUAGCUAAUUAGCACAGGUGGUCCCUCUGUCUUCCGGAAACACACGCUGUAACAUGGCGAAAUGGCCUUGUGGGAACAUUAACCCUAACGCUAUAAAGGUGUGUAAUAAUUUAACCUUUUUUAGUUUUUUUGGUAAUUAUUUCUCGCCGAUAUGAUUGAUAAGGUCCUUAUGCUUCCAAAAACGUACCGCAAGCGAUGCGUGUUAAUGUUGAGACCAAGCAUCGCGGCUCUUAACAAAUCCACCCACCCCCUGACCUCUAUACUCAUUUCCGUGGAAAUUAGUGUUGAAUGAUACUGAUGUUAGCUAGCUAGUUACUGUAUGUCCUCCGGGCUGCUGUGCAGUUACAUGACUCUUCUAAAUAUGUUUUCUCCUCUCCUCCUUCCAGGGCAAUCGAUAUGAGCAAGAGAAAGUGCUGAGACAGGCUAACACACUCUACGUUGGUAACCUGUCCUUUUACACCACAGAAGAACAAGUGUAUGAGCUCUUCUCCAAGAGUGGGGAUGUGAAGAGAAUCAUCAUUGGCCUGGAUAAGGUGAAGAAGACUGCAUGCGGCUUCUGCUUCGUCGAGUAUCCUUUUUGAGUUGUUUGAGCUUUUUGGUUCAAGACUUGUAAUUCUAUACCCAUACACUUUAGGCUGUGUUUCCGGAAGCAGAUUAAGCCUAGUCCUGGACUAAACGCAUGCUCAAUGGAGAUUGCCCAUUCAAAGUCCUUCAAAGUCCUUCUUAGUCCAAUAGUAGGCUUAAUCUGUGUUUCUGGAAACUGGCACAUUGGCCACAAGAGCGCCUUAAUCCCUGUGCCAGGUACUACACGCGUACAGAUGCAGAAAAUGCUAUGAGGUUUGUAAACGGGACACGUCUGGAUGACCGCAUCAUCAGAACUGACUGGGAUGCUGGUUUCAAAGAGGGCAGGCAGUAUGGCCGUGGCAAGUCGGGUGGUCAGGUAAAUUUACACGGGAUGAAUGGGCAAACCCAAGGGAAAUGCAUGCUUACUACCUUAGAGAUGACAUCAAUGAUUUGUGUAUUAGCUGUGUUUUAGGUUUAUAUUGAUUUUUGAAUUGAUAGUUUUCACAAAAUUGUUUGAUUUUAAAGUGAUCAGCUAGGUCAACAAGUUAAGUGUAUGAGAACGUUGAAAGUUACAUAACACUAACAAUGCUGAAUUAUCAAUUGGACAAAUGGAAUGUUAAUUGGUUAUAUAAUUGUGACCAUGUUGUCUCACCGUUCUGUGACCGUGUAUAUAUGAUCUAUUAUGUGAGCUUAGUCUGUGAACUAUGCCACCCCCUUGUAGACCAAAACACUUGUCUGUGGCAAAAUAAACAAUUGGGUCUCUUUUUCUCCUCAGGUCAGAGACGAAUACAGACAAGAUUAUGACCCAGCCAGGGGGGGCUAUGGGAAAGUUGUAUCACGACCAUGAGAACAUGUCCUAUGCUGUUGCUUUGGGGGGGGGUGUCACAAGCCUGACUCAACCUGUUCUCUGCUGUUUCUGUGCCUUUUUGCAGGUCAGAGAUUAAUAUAGAAAAGAUUAUGAUCCUGCUCGGUUGAUAAUGGAAAUUAGCUCUGCUGCAGAGACUUCCCGAGGGACGGAACAGUUUUACGUUUGGUGAAUUUGACCUGGGCUAGAUUUGGGUUCCAAACAGUUUUUUUUUUUUUGUUGGAAAAAGUAGUCCGUUUAAGCAUUUUCAGUUAGCCAAAGUUUCAUCAGUCAUUUUGACCUGUGUAAGAAUAAGCUUGCGCAGAUAGGUUGCAGUCCACACGUUUACAAAUGUAAUUGUCUCCCAAACUGUGUAUACUUUUUUUAAUAAACAUAAAUGGAUUUACAAA